CUCUCAGCCUUUUAAACGUUCAUUCCAAAGCAAUCACCUUUAACCAUCAACACUUCAUCAGCCUUAUAUCAUCGAUCGAUAAGACACCAAGUUCAAAUUCAUCAUGGGUUCUCAAUCCUCAAAAGUAGCCGAAUCAUACGACGAGAAAGCUGCUUAUUAUUCUUGUCCACAAGCAAGAUCUGAUGCUGCUUCGACCGCUGCUUUACUCUCUCGUCUCACCGUCUCAGCCUCAGCUCGUCGAAGUCCCUUGAUGGUGACUUCUAGCUCACACCCCCAGUCUGACGUUACCCUGGAUGCCUUUACUCGCUGGCAAAACAGCUUUGAGCGAGACGAUAAGGCUCAAUUGGCUAGUACCUUGCUCAGCAAACAACAUAUACCGACUGCUCUUCUUAACAGAAAAGCUAUCAGUGCCGAUAAACAGAUAUUCUCCCAUACUUUGACCGUACAACCAACCCCAGUCACCAACCAAAAGUCUUCAGGGCGUUGUUGGCUUUUUGCGACCUGUAACGUGGUUCGUAUGGGUAUCGUCAAGAAGUUUAAUUUAGGCGAUUUCGAGCUGUCCCAAAGCUACUUAUUCUUUUACGACCACCUCGAGAAGGCGAAUUAUUAUUUAGAAAACAUAAUUGAGCUUGUUGAAGAGCCAAUCGACGCUCGUAUCAUUUCUCAUCUCUCUAGCGCUCCCCUAGGUGAUGGAGGACAAUGGGAUAUGGUGGUUGGAUUAGUUGAGAAGUAUGGCUUGGUACCCAAGUCCAUCUACGAUGAAUCUUACAAUUCCUCCAACUCGAGUGGAAUCAAUACUUUCCUCACCUCUAAGCUUCGUGAUCAAGCUCUUGAACUACGAGAAAUUUACAACGAUGCUAAGGCCCAUGCUAUGGAUAAUCUUGGUCAAGACUCUAACUCGGCUGCCAUUGCGGGUAUUCGCGCUGCUCGACAGGCUAAGGAAACUAUGAUGGCCCAAGUCUACCGCUGCCUUGCAAUUGCUUUAGGAUCUCCUCCUUCUCCAACCGAAACUUUCCGAUGGGAUUACGUCGACAAGUCAGGCAAGGCUCACAGUCUUGUUUCUACUCCUCUCGAUUUCUAUCAUAAGCAUUGUGCUGGAUUUCAGGCAUCCGAAUACAUUAGUUUGAUUAAUGACCCCAGAAACUCCUACAACAAGUCAUUCACUGUCGAACGACUUGGAAAUGUUUGGGGUGGUCGUCCCAUCAGAUAUGUUAAUACUAGCACUGAUGUAUUGAAGAGCUUAGUGAUUAAGAUGAUCAAAGCUGAUAAACCAGUUUGGUUUGGUUGUGAUGUGGGCAAGAUGUCAAAUUCGUCCUAUGGUAUCAUGGACACUGAGCUUAUGGAUUAUGAGGCUGCUUUUGGGGUGAAAUCCAAUUUAUCAAAGUCUGAGAGACUUCAGAUGGUUGAUAGCGCUAUGACCCAUGCUAUGGUCAUCACUGCCGUUCAUCUUGACGAACAAGGCAAACCAGUACGAUACAAAGUUGAGAAUAGCUGGAGUGAUACCGCUGGUGAUCAUGGCUACUUUGUUAUGACUGAUGCUUGGUUUGAUGAAUAUGUUUAUCAAAUUGUUUUACCUAAAUCUUUUACUCCUGAUUCUCUUAAGCAAAUCUAUGAAGAUUCCGAACCUAGCGUCCUACCACCAUGGGAUCCUAUGGGAAGUUUAGCUUGAAAGAAGAUCAAAGCAUUUUGAUUUUUGUAUUUACUAUCUUUUUUUGAAAAUCUCAGAUUGAUAGUUGUAUUUGUGUUUUGUUCUUUUAUGUUUUGAUCAAGAAGAGUAAGUAGCGUUGUGUGCGUAUGUGAAUGUUUUUGACUGGUCUUGAAUUCGAAAUGGAACAUGAUUGAUCAAAGAUGACCAUUUCU